AUGUACAGUGUGGAGGACCUACUCAUUUCGCAUGGAUAUAAAUUGCCCAAGAGCGGUCCUCCGUCUGCCACGCCUUAUGACAAGCGCCCUGCUGAUUGCCAGCGUGAACUUGUGGACAACAGGGCUGGCCGGGGGACACUGAACGGGUAUGAGGCAGACCGGGGGGCAACUAUCACAGGCAUCUAUGGCAGCAGGCAGGCACUGGUGAAGGGCUACCCCGCCACAGACAACGAGAUUGGGGAAAGGAACCUAAGGAGGAAAGAAGUCAGCAUCGGUAUCCUAGACGCUCAGCCCUUGGGUGAUUCUCUUGCCACAGAUAGUGGGUUCUACGAUGUUCCCAGUUUGACUUAUUCAGAGCCGCUAAGCCAUGAUGAGAGGGAUGUUUCCUACUGGCGGAGGCGAGGCCAGGACUUCAGCAUUCUCCUGGAUUAUGCUGAUGGCAGGGAGCUGAGGGCCUCUGCUGGGGCAUGGAGGCCACAGGCCCUAAUUGCAGCAGAGGAACACCGGGCAGAACGGCAAGCGCAGCAGCUAUGGGAGGACAUUUCCUGGCUGAGAGACCCAGACGCCGCCCCUUGUCAGCUAAGGGUGACUGGGGAGAGGAAGUGCCAGAGCCUCGGUACAGAGGAGUGGAGGCCUGCUGUGGGCCUGGGAAGGCAGUUGUCAGAUGGGGAUGGGGAGAGGUGGGCUCAGGAACAGUAUCGCCUGAGGACACCUGAGGGUUUUUUUCACCCUAGAACUAAAGCAAAGUCUCAGUCUCUCCCCAGAGUUUUGUCACCAGAUAGAAGUGACGGCAGAGAGCUCAUUCUGUCCAGACCAAGCCUACCUGACAGACAACAGAGGAUAAACAGCACUGUCUUCUCUGGACCCUAUAGUAGGUAUAUCUACAGUGCUGUAGGCAGGGACCGAUGGGGCAGGAAUGCCGGGCCAAGCAGCCAUGUUGCACUUUUACCAAAGCCCAGGUUCAGCAGGCCUUUAAAGCCUCCGUCUUAUGAGAUUCACCAGCAGACUAGGGGUAGCGCAGAAAUGCUUGCUAUAGACCAGGGUGCCAAACAAAAAGACAGGUCUAUCUAUUAUCCAAGGGGUGGGGACCUGAGACAAGACUAUUUCGCACAACACUCCCUCACAGGAAUGGAGCCUCCUGGCUACAUCCCACCCCCAUCUUAUAGAAGAGCCCCACCCCCAAGAUCAGUUUCAAUCAAUCGCAAUGAAAUGGCAAACCUAAGAUGGAGGGCGGAAGCUCUACAGAUGCCCAGCUCAGAUCCUGGCAGGUGGCUUUCCAGACAGGCAAGUAGUUCAUGGCUAGAAUAUUAUGACCGUGGAGCAUCCUAUCGAAAACUGGUACAUUCUGGACAUGAAGAACAACCAGGUCAUGCUCGUCAAUUACCUACUGAAGACCCAAGAGGGAAGCAAAUCUCAGGAGGGCCUGGCGGAAAUUCUCUCAUUGACUCAGACAAGAUCCGUAACAUCAACAAAGAGAUUCCGUCCGCUAAGAUUUUAGGACAAUCUACACAUGAUAGUGCCUUUCCUCCCCAACAGGGGCCAGCUCUCAAUACUGACAGCCGCAAAACAGCGCUCAAUGACAAUGACAGCAGUAAUCGAUGGUGCAACAGGGCAAUUAACAAAAAAAGUGACAGUGUAGGUCCUGAACAAAAUCGUAGUCAGUUUUUUCCUUCAUCUAUUCUGGGUAAACCACCACCUCCCCCAUGCAAGCCGGCCGACCAGGGUGUCUCUGAAACUGUGACAGAAGUAAAAAAGGUGGAACAACCUGAACAACCAGAGAAAGACAAAACCAAGAAUCUAAAAAAGAGACUUAGUGAGACAAUUUUUUGUUUGGUGUCUGUCCCUGUUACUCCACAGCUCACUGGGACCAUUCGUGAUCAGAAUAACAACAAUGAGAAGUCACCAGACCCAUCAGAUAGUCCGAGUGACAACAAAACUGGCCAUUUAACAAACCAAAGUCUCCAAAGCACAUCUUCAGCUGAGGCUGAGCUGCAAGCACUAACUGGUAGCAUAGCAAGCAGCAAAACAAGCAGCAGAGCGAGCAGCAAAAUGUUUAAAAGAGUACCUUGUAGACCCCCUAAAAUAAACCAUUACAAGGAGCUGAAACUGUCGGGAUCUUGGCCUGCAAACCAGUAUCGAGACCAAGAGACACAAACUAGCCCAGAGGCCCAAAAACCUGCCCCUGAAAACAAGGAAGCACAACAAGACCCUGUCCCUACCGGCACUGAAGUCCCUCCUGAUAGCAGCGGUGUAGUGGGCACUGCCUUCAGUUUUCCUAUAAAGGGAGUGAAGAGCCUGAAACUGUCAAGCAACAGCGCCUUCUCCCUGACCGCCACCUUCUCCAACCAGCUGAACAAGAGCACAGCUCAGCAGCCAGCAGUACCACCCUCAGGAAACGUGGAGGAGACCAAACCAGCAGCAAACAGUGGGCAGGAGUCAUUUGAAGUUCCUGAGUUCUUGCUGAGACCGGUCAGCCAGCGACCAUGGGAUGCUGUCAAAGAGCUGGAGACCAUCAAAAAAGAAGUCCAGGAUCAACAGCAACAACAGAGCAGCAAACAGCCCAGCAAACAGCCCAGUGUUGACAAGUGCAUAGAGGACCUCAAUGAGGCCUACAAAGACAUCUUGGAGCUAGGCACUGCCAGCAAUAAAGUCCCCAAUGGUUCUGUUCAAAUCCCUGAGCGUAUCAAAAUUCGAUUGACAUCAGAACCUCUCAACAAGCCCAGCAGCCUUAGGCGCAGUGCAGUAAGCUGGUCUGUUGAUCCUGAAUACAGGGAGGUCAAGAGCGCCUUCUCCAGGCCUGCAACAAAGUCCGUAACCUUCAGCAAGCAGCUUAGGGAGGAGCUCCCUGUCCCACCUCGGGAAACAGGCUUUAGAGAAUACAGGGUUGUUGCGCAUCUUUCGCGUAGACGGAGCAAUGAUGGCAGAACAGUGAAAUUAGACCUGCCGGAUGAGCCUAUCGAGACACCACUUUGUGACUUUAGUCCAACAACGCACACCACAGCAGCAGAGGUGCCAUGGGCAGAUAGACAGCCCAUGCAGGAUGCCUCUACACUGACUAGUCCUCCUGAUUAUGAGGACAUAUGCUCGGCUUUGCGUCAGCCUAGAGACUCAGAUGUCAAUAAAGUGUCCGCGGGCAAUUCCAAACCUAAUGAUGCAGAUUCUCUUCAGGAUCUCAGUGGUGAAUCAGAAGAGGAGUGUCCUAUUUGUAAAAGAGAGCUUGAGAAUCAGAUGAGACAGGGCCCAUUGCCUCCACUUCACGAGGAGAACAGCUCGGACAGCUCCACCAAUCAAAAUGGCAGUCCACCACAGUGCGCUGCAUUAGAAAGUCCAUCAGAGGAUUCACCACAGGAGCCACAAGACUCAAAUUUGGAUCAGUCAGGGUCUGAACUGUGUGCUGAAACAAGGGAUCAGCAUUCAUUGACGCAGGAAAAUGUGGGAGAGGGUGAAAACACAGAUAAUGUUCAGGCUGAAAAUGUGAACAAUUUGUGUGUAAUUAACCCUGCUGAGAGCAUACCAGCGGAUGGAGCUUCAGAGGACAGCACAUCCACGACGUUAACAACUGAUGUGCCUGCGGAUCCCCAAGUCACAGAGGAACAGAGUGGCAGUGAAACAGUAACUAAGGAAGUGGAAUUGGGAGAGAGAGAAGCCAUUACAGGAGAAAUAGCUGAAGGCAGUGCAGACAAGCAGUCAGCUGAAGUGAAAAGUGAGUGUGAGGGACAAGACAACACAAUGCCUGAUGACAAGCAGGAGCAAGAGAAGAAGCCAUUUGCUGUCCCAGAGCAUAGACUUGGUCUACGGACCCAUUUAGGGCGAGACCACCCAGGGUUACCAGAGUUUCCGCCAGAUAGACUGCCACUCUCUGUUGUCCCAAACCUAGACCGCAGGCUGUCUCUUAGCUUGGAGGGGGAAAAGAGGAGCAGGGGCCCCUCCCACCGAAUGGAAGCUCUGCAGAACAAGCUGGCUAUCUCUCCGGGCCGGGUGGCAGUGGAACGCCUGGCCAGAAUGAGGGAGGUGGAUGUUAUGUAUCGUAUGAGGCGCCUCAGCAUCAGGAGCACUGACUCUGGGGAAGGGGAGGCAGAGGUAGAGGGGGAGGGCAAGGACGAGCAAGUAGAGGAGCCCCUCCCUGCUUCUCAGAGAGACAAGGAGAACGAGGAAGAGGUCACCCAUUCACAGCAGGUCUCUGAGGAGACAGUGUUGCAAGAUGAGGAGUCAUCUCUCUCAGAACCCCAUGAUCCCAGCCGAGUGGAGACAGUGUAG